UGGAGCUGGUGGUGGUCGGGGAGAGCAAGGGGCAGGUCCACACGGUGUCUGGGACUGGGCUAGGGGCGCGGGAGAGAAAGGAUUGUGGCGGCGAGGCAGCGAGGGGGCGGGGCCUCGCCUGGGCCCGUCCCAUGGGGGCGGGGCCGACUCUGGGCAGCGGCCAACUGCGGGUCCAACCGCCGGCCGGCUGCCGCCUCCGCGCGUCCCCGCCUUGGCUUCCCGGCUGGGUAGUCUGGACGUCCGGGUCUGUCGGUGUUUCCUUCUCUCCGUGGCCGUGUCGCCCUUUUGUUUUCAGUUUUCGUGUUGCUUCCGUGUCUUCCGCAGUCUCUCUCCCUCUCCCCUCUGCGUGGUUCAUUCUCCCGCGCUUCGGUGUCCGAGACCUGAGAGCUGCCCGGCGCCCAGCUCUGCUCCGAGAGAGAUGGAGGAGCUGGGGUCCCGUGAAGAGGUCAUGGAAGAAGUGACAUCAUGCUCCUUCAGCAGCCCUCUGUUCCAGCAGGAAGACAAGAGAGGGAUCACCUACCGGAUCCCAGCCCUGCUCUACAUCCCCCCCAUCCACACCUUCCUGGCCUUUGCAGAGAAGCGCUCCACGAGCAGGGAUGAGGAUGCUCUCCACCUGGUGCUGAGGCGAGGGUUGAGGACUGGGCACUCGGUACAGUGGGGACCUUUGGAGCCACUGAUGGAAGCCACAUUACCUGGGCAUCGGACCAUGAACCCCUGUCCUGUGUGGGAGCAGAAAAGCGGCUGUGUAUACCUAUUCUUCAUCUGUGUGCGAGGCCAUGUCACCGAGCGUCAGCAGGUCAUGUCAGGCAGGAAUGCAGCCCGCCUCUGCUUCAUCUGCAGUCGAGACACUGGCUGUUCAUGGAGCGAGGUGAGGGACUUGACUGAAGAGGUUAUUGGUGCAGAGGUGAAGCGUUGGGCCACAUUCGCUGUGGGCCCAGGUCAUGGCAUCCAGCUACAGUCGGGGAGGCUGGUCAUCCCUGCAUAUGCCUACUACAUCCCUUACUGGUUCUUUUGCUUCCGGCUACCAUGUAAAGCCAAGCCUCAUUCCCUGAUGAUCUACAGUGAUGACCUAGGGGCCACAUGGCACCACGGCAGGCUCAUUCAGCCCAUGGCAACAGUGGAGUGCGAAGUGGCAGAGGUGACUGGGAGGGGUGGCAACCCCGUGCUGUAUUGCAGUGCCCGGACACCAAACAGGUGCCGGGCGGAGGCUUUCAGCGAUGACCGUGGUGAAUGCUUUCAGAGACUAGCCCUGAGCCGACAGCUCUGUGAGCCCCCGCAUGGCUGCCAAGGCAGUGUGGUGAGUUUCCGGCCCCUGGAGAUCUUACGUGGGUGCCAGGACCCUAAUGGCAAAGAUGCUUCUACCAUUCAGCAGAGCCCUCUACUGGACAGAUCACUAAGGCUAGAGCAAGAAGCUGGAACACUGUCUGAAUCAUGGCUCUUGUACUCACACCCAACCUGUAAGAAGCGGAGGGUCAACUUAGGCAUCUACCUCAAUCAGACCCCCUUGGAUGCUGCCUGCUGGUCCCACCCCUGGAUCUUGCACUGCGGGCCCUGUGGCUACUCUGAUUUGGCUGCUUUGGAAAAGGAGGGCUUGUUUGGGUGUCUGUUUGAAUGUGGGACCAAGCGAGAGUGUGAGCAGAUUGCCUUCCGCCUGUUUACAGACCGAGAGAUCCUGAGCCAUGUGCAUGGGGACUUCACCAGCCCUGAUAAGAACCCUGAGCCAAUUGAAAGCUAAAAACUGACUUAGGACCCAAUUUUCCAUGGAAAGGAAGCCACAGAAGGCAAUCACAGCCAGGAUAAUGGAGGCCAGGUUAACAGAAGUUAUUGAAGCCUACAGAGAAUCCAAAAACUUAAUAUUGUGCUCCCUACCUUUUUUCCUUCUCCUCCAAGGAGCAAAAUGAAAAUUUUUCUAUAGCUACUACAGUGGAAAGAACUAUGAGUUGGGAAACCAUGAUGUGGUCCUGGUUGUGCCACUGGCUUGCUGAGGGAUGUUGAACAUAUCACUUGAACUCUCUGGGCAUCAGGUCUCCAUUUGUAAAAUGAGAGGGUUGGUUCUGGGAUUUUUCUUCUUCUCAUUUCUAGGAAAGACAGAGUGUCUGCAUGCUCCAUGAUCAGCAAAUGCUGGCUCCGUAGCAGACUCUGAUCUCAAAAGGGAAGUCAAAGGACUCAUCAUUUCCAAUGACUCACCACUCAUCCAGGUGUGAGGCUACAAGCAGGUGUUCUGGCACGAAGGAAGAUCUGGAUGUUUUGUUCUGUUCUUAAUAACAAACACACACACACACACCCUUUUAAUCAUGUUUAGAACUCUAUAGGUUCUCUGUCCUAGAGGAAUUGGGCAAAACAGUAGGAUCAUGAGGUCACCUACCUUCUCCAGCUUUGCAGCUGUGUUCAAUCUUCCUUAUCUGGAAUGCUUACUCCCUAAGGAGAAAAUGAGAAGCUCAAUGCCAGUGGCCCUUGAUAAUGGCACAUAUUUUUUUUUAUUUUUUUUAACAUUUAUUUAUUAUUGAGAGACACACACACACACACACACACACACACACACACACACACACACACAGAGCAUGAGCAGGGAAGGAGCAGA